AAGAGGUAAUGUUUAAUUUGAGCACAGCUCGGCCUUCCUGUGUAGUUACACUGUUUGGAGACUGAUCUGUUGUAAAAGUAACGUCAUGGAAAAUAUCUACAUAUCGCCGAAGGUAGAUGGAGCCUAGCCGUGGUUCUUUGUGCACACUGAACAACGCCACGGUUGUUACAUCUUAAGGCAGAACCCCUGACAGCACAAAGCAGACCCUCCUCACAACAACAGCCUCUGAAGACAUCGUGGGAAUAACUUGCACAAACCUGCCAUCUCAACGCGACGCACCAGGACUAGUCCUCUAGUGGAUCUGCAGCUUUCCCCCCGUCAGAUACGGCCCCCACCGCAUUGUGUGUGCGUGCGUGAGGAGGCUAAUGCCCGCGGUAGUGUGGUCAGGGCCAGAGGAGGAUGAGUCCGGCUGUCGAGGCUCAGGCCCAGGAGGCCAUGGAUGCAGAGGAAAAGCAAAAGCAGCAGCUGCAAAAUCAGCUGCAGCACCAGCAGUGCUACAUGGAUAAAGGGGUGAUGCUUGAGCCCUUCGUGCACCAGGUGGGGGGGCAUUCCUGCGUCCUGCGCUUCGGGGAGCAGACCAUCUGCAAGCCCCUGAUCCCCCGCGAACACCAGUUCUACAAGAGUCUUCCUGCUGCAAUGAGGAAAUUCACCCCCCAGUACAGAGGUGUGGUGUCUGUGAGCUUCGAGGAGGAUGAAGAAGGGAAUCUUUGCCUCAUCGCCUACCCCCUACACAGCGACCCCGCGGCAGAUUUAGAGAACAAGGACCCCUCGGCCGACUGCGAGGCCAAGAGCAAGGUGCUGACGUGGGGGAAAAUGAUGGCGUCCUCGCUGCUUGUGGACAGCGAACAUUACAGCAAAGACGGCCGAAGCCGCCAUUUCCGUAAAGACAAGGACAAGAGUGUUCACAAGCUGCAGGAGGACAUGGAGCUGGAGUGGCUGCAGCAGGCCGAGGUGCUCUAUUACAGACUGGAUCACAGUCACAGCAACGCCGUCCCGCAGCUGAAACACAACCCAUGGAGCCUCAAGUGUCACCAGCAGCACCUGCAGAGGAUGAAGGAGAACGCCAAGCACCGCAAUCAGUACAAAUUCAUUCUGCUUGAAAACCUGACCUGGCGACACACCGUGCCAUGUGUGCUGGACCUGAAGAUGGGCACGCGACAGCAUGGAGACGAUGCCACCGAGGAGAAGAAGGCCAUGCAGAUCCGCAAGUGCCAGCAGAGCACGUCAGCUACGAUAGGAGUGCGCCUCUGCGGCAUGCAGGUCUACCAGUCUGACACCGACCAGCUGAUGUUCAUGAACAAGUACCACGGCCGCAAGCUGACCCUGCCGGACUUCAAGGAGGCUUUGUUCCAGUUCUUCCACAGCGGGCUUCGUCUGAGACGUGAACUCCUUUCCCCGGUGCUGAGCAGACUCCGAGAGAUGCAGGCCGCCCUGGAAGCCUGCGAAUCCUACCGCUUUUACUCCAGUUCCCUGCUCAUCAUCUACGACGGGGCGCCGCACAGAAAGCACACACGAAGACGCACUGAGGGUGGACUCUCUGAAGAAGAAGAAGAUGAGGAGGAGGAGGAGGAGGAUGAGGACGAGGACGAGGAAGCCGGACCAGAAAUGGAAGAGGAGGAGGAGGAGGAGGAGGUGGGCGAAGUCGCGGGAGCGCUCGGCUUCCCACACAAUCCCUCCACAUCCAGCGACGCCAGCAGCAGCUGCUCCAGCAGCAGCAGCAGCAGCAGCGGGAGCUCAGGUAUCAGCCAGACCCGCCUGUCCCGCUCAGACCCCCACAGCCCCAUGGUGGACGUGAGAAUGAUAGACUUUGCUCACACCACCUGCAGACAUUACCGGGAGGACAGCGUCGUCCACGAGGGCCAGGACAGUGGCUACAUAUUUGGCCUUCAGAACCUGAUCACCAUCAUCUCCGAGCUGGAGAACCACAGCACAGACUGAAGACAUGCGUUCAGACAUAGAGGCACAAUAAAAAAAACAAAAACUCUCUGAUCCUUGGAAGAACAGAGGGGAAGCGGACUACAUGAGUGGAGAGGGAUUUCUUCUCUCGUCUAUGUUGUAGCUGGUCUUUGCAGUGGACCCCUUCCUGUUUCUGUCAUUGGUGCUUUUAGAUGUUUCUGUCGUGUGUGUUCGUCUCCAGGACAAGAUAAGGAUCCUCAAGUAACAACAGACGAGCCACCUGUGUGAAGGAUGCAGUAAUUCACCCAUUGUCGUCAUUCGGUUUUAACUGACUCAAGUGUUUAGAAAAGGGCUCGGCAGCCAAUAAAAGCAGUUUGACGUGAGACAGCAGAUAUGUUUUCCUUGUGUCUGAUUUCCAAAGAAGGUGUAAUAAUUUUGCACACGCAGACAUGCACUUAAAGACGUUUUUUUCUGAGCGAGUGUGUGUGUUUGGGCUGAGACAGGGCUAUUAAAGAGAACAAAACGUGUGAGGACGGACUGGAAGGGAUGAGAGGUAGUGAGCUCUUGUGUUUUACCUGCCUGUUCAUCUUCAUCCAAGAUUCAUAUAUAUAUUCAUAUAGCUGUCAGCGACAGAUGAUAUAGAGCCAUUUAUUUAUUUGACAUGUUUCAUAAAAUAAACUAAAAGUUAAAAAAAAACAAUGUGAAUGGAGAGUACUACAUUCCAUGUUAUUAAUGUUACAAUAAUGAUAUUAAUAAUAUUGUUAUUUAACAUGUUUGGAUACCUCUAUCUUGUAUAUCUGUGUUGUCCACAGUUUGUUGGAGGAGAAAAUUAAAAACUCUGGUUUGUGUUAA